AGAUUUCUGAGGAGAUAAAACAAUGUUGUAUCCGUGCAUUUUGGUUGCUCUAUUUCUAUCAGUAGAUGCACAGACUACCGUAGACCAGGAGCUGCCUUCUCUAGUAAAGGUUAGAGGUGACCGGUCAACAGCUCGUAUACCUUGUGAGAUCAGACAGCAGACAUCCUUUGUUCAUUGGUAUGUACAGAAACAAAAUCAAGUAAUAAAAAGGAUUCUAUAUUUUGGAGAAGGAAAAGAUAUUUAUGAAGAUGGAUUUGACUCAAGCAAAUAUGACACUACUCCAAGAAAAAACAAAUAUACACUGACCAUUUAUGAUGUAAAAGAUGAUGACAGUGGUAUCUAUUACUGUGCAUAUUGGGGAAAGUUGCACAGUGUUGAUGUCAAAGUAUUUGGAUCUGGAACCAAGCUUGUCGUAACAUAUCAAGAGGCAAAAGAACCACAUGUGACUAUCUUAGCUUCAUCCAAGAGUGAUCUGAGGACAAAAAAGUCUGCAACUUUACUGUGCAACCUGCAGAAUUUCUUCCCUGAUGCAAUUAAAGUGGAAUGGAGCGAUGGAAGUAACAAUAAGCUGGAAUCAGAACAGGGGAAAAUCAUAACAAAUGCAUCCAGCGACUUGUCCUCAUUGUACAGCUGGAUUACGAUAAAGCAGUCUGAUAUUGGCAGCACAUAUAAAUGCAAGUACAAACAUGAGGGAAAUGGAAAUCAGUGGAAAGAAGAAACAUAUAACACAGAACAUUUGAAUGUUGAAGAUCUCAUGGAUCAGGCAGAUCAAACAGAUAUCAGUAAUUGCAUUUAUACUCCAGGUAACUAUAUUUGGACAAAUUAA